UUGAUCACCAUGAUCACAUCCUUCAAUAUCUCCACAAUAUAUCUGUUUCUCUGUAUUGGCUUCUUGGUUAGCCUCAAGACCAAAGCAACCCCAACUUACCUUGCCAUUCAGUGCCCAAACACAACAAUAUACACUCCUAACAGCACAUACCAAUCCAACCUCAACACCCUCUUCUCUUCCCUCUCCUCCAAUUCCACCACCUCCACCAAUGGCUUCUCCAACUCCACCGCCGGCCUCAACCCCCCCGACACAGCCUACGGCCUCUUCCUCUGCCGCGGUGAUGUCUCCACCACCGUCUGUCAGGACUGCGUCUCCUUUGCUACUACAGAUGUAGUACAAAAAUGUCCAAAUUCGAAGGUUGUCACGAUUUGGUACGAUGAGUGCAUGUUACGAUACUCGAACCAAUCUAUCUUCUCCAUUUCCGAUCAAUCAUUUUCGGUAAUUUUAAAUGUUAAACAGAACGUAGCAGACCUAACACGGUUCGGAGAAGUAUUGGGAGGUGUAAUGGAUGACAUAGCAACUCAGGCUUCGAAUGGUGGGUCUGUUAAGAAGUUCGCGACGAGUCGAGCUAACUUCUCAUCGCUUCAAACGCUGUACGGGUUAGCACAGUGCACUCCGGACUUGACUGUUUCGGAUUGCAAUACUUGUCUCCGAAAUGGUAUCUCGAAUUUUCCGAAUUGUUGUGAUGGAAAUCAGGGUGCGAGGAUUCUGUUUCCGAGUUGUAAUGUUAGGUAUGAGUUCUACCCUUUUUACAACGUCUCUGCCACUGCGCCGCCACCUUCGCCCGCCCUUCCUCCUGGAACCAGUCUAGGAAAGGGAGGAAUCCCAUCAAAAGUACUUCUUGUCAUCAUCAUUGUUCCAAUUGGGGUCUCUGUUUUGCUCUUCAUCAUAGGCUUCUGUUUCAUCACCAGGAAAGCGAAGAAAAAAUAUGAUUCUGUUGAAGAAGAUACGACUGGGAAUGAUAUCAGCACAACUGAGUCCUUGCAAUAUGAUUUGAGUAAAGUUCAAGCUGCCACAAACAACUUCUCUGCUGAAAACAAAAUUGGUGAAGGUGGAUUUGGUCUUGUAUACAUGGGAAAACUUCCCAAUGGGCAAGAAAUAGCUGUGAAGCGACUAUCUCGAACCUCAGGGCAAGGCGCAGAACAAUUCAAGAAUGAGGUUGUGUUGGUAGCCAAGCUUCAACAUAGAAAUCUAGUGAGAUUAUUGGGAUAUUGUUUGGCAGGAGAAGAGAAGAUACUCAUCUAUGAAUUUGUGCCCAACAAAAGCCUUGACUACGUUUUAUUCGAUCCACAAGAAAAAGAGAGGUUGGAUUGGUUCAAUCGUUACAAGAUUAUAGGAGGAAUAGCUCGAGGGAUGCUUUAUCUUCAUGAAGAUUCCCGGCUUAGAAUUAUACACCGUGAUCUCAAAGCUAGCAACGUUCUAUUAGAUGGCAAUUUCAAUGCUAAAAUUUCAGAUUUUGGCAUGGCUAGGAUUUUCGGUGUGGAUCAAAUUCAGGGAAAUACAAGUCGAGUCGUUGGAACAUACGGUUACAUGUCUCCUGAGUACGUAAUGCGUGGACAAUUCUCUGUGAAGUCCGAUGUAUUUAGUUUCGGUGUCUUAGUUUUGGAAAUCGUAAGUGGCAAGAAGAUCAAUACCUUUUACCAAUCAAAAUGUGCUGCUGACCUUCUUAGCUAUGCUUGGAAACUUUGGAGGGAAGAAACACCCCUGCAAUUAAUGGAUCCAAUUUUGAAAGGGUCUUAUUCAAGAAAUGAAGUCAUUAGAUGCAUCCAUAUCGGCUUGUUGUGUGUCCAAGAAGAUCCGGAUGACAGACCCUCUAUGGCAACGGUAGUUCUGAUGCUGAACAGUUACUCUACUGCUCUCCCACUUCCUCAUCAACCUGCAUUUUUCGCUCAUAGCGAAACAAGAAAUAUGCAAAAAGGCUCUGAGUCUGAUCAAUCUACAAGCAAGUCAAUGUCGCUGUCUAUGAAUGAAGUGUCUAUGAUUGAAUUAGACGUGAGAUAAUAUGAGAAGUCUAGAGACCACAUCAAGAUUCAAAGAUAGCUCUAUGGUGUGAGAUGAAUAUGUAUAAGCUCAAACUUGGAUCUGAAUGAUAAAUUUUCAAUGUUAAAAGAUUCAAAACUCUCAAAUAUAUUUCCCAAGAAUGCAUCCAUAUAAUUACGGUCAUAGGAAAAUUUUA